AUGAUUACCCUUUUGAAGAAUUUAUUGCUAUCGCGUGAAGAACGCAAAAAUGAAUUGGUCUCAAAGCUGGAAGAAGAGCAACGUUAUUUGGACGAGGAGUUAGACGAUGAAAAUAUAAAUACUAAGGCCCAACCUACAUCCUGUAUGCAAAAUGUCAUACAAAAUGUUAACAUCAAUGACAACGAACCCAAAGAGGAGAAUGGCAAUGCGUCGAAUAGUGGAUGCUUUAAGCGGACAGGAAUUAUUAGCAGCCUGAAAAGCAAUCACGGCACAAUCGAUCAUGGCAUCUUUUUUGACAUGAAUGUGGCCUUGUCGGUGUCCUGUGAAUUGAAAGUGGGAUGUCGCGUUGAAUAUUUGGCCUACAAACAUUCAGCCACCGAUCACAUUAAAGUCGUCAAAAUUGAACAAAUUAUCGAUCAAUAUUGGGAUGAUAAACAGCCAACCGAACAGAAGAUCGAAGAACAAAUCGAAGAAUUAAAAUCAGAACAACCACGAUAUUUUAAUACUCAUCAGCGUAAUAUUUUAGGUUUAAUUACGGAACGAAAACCUGACUCAAUUCUUGUCGACACCGAUUAUAAAGUUAUGAGCAUUCAUUUGGAUUCAAUUGAAAUUGAUUUUGUACCCAAGGAAGGUGAUCGUGUCUAUGUUUGUUGUAAUGUUCAAAGUGAUGAACAUUUUAUAGAUAAAGCCGGCGAAAUAUUGCAGGAGGUUAGUGUACAUCCGGCACGUUUAAUGAAACAGGAAAAAUGUACAGUGAAGCGGGUCCUAAACGAUUGGGGAGUACUAAAUGAUGAUGCCUAUUAUACAAAUGAUAUUUUGCCAGCAGCGUGUAAAUUAAAUGUGGGUGAUACGGUGUGUGCGGAUCUCAUAGAAUGUGAAAGGGGCGAAUUCAUAUGGCGUUGCAUAAAACUUGCCCUUAUCGAACAGGCCUAUGUACCGCAAAUCUAUGAAUCAACACAACGUGUCAUCGAACAAAAAACUGCCGAACAUCGCGCCGUAACCGUAUCGGCCGAUAUUAGUUGUGUCUUUACUUCGACAUUUCAGAACAAAGAGAUUGAAUUUAUAUGCACAAAUAAUUGUGAUCGUCCGUUUCGUGGUAGUGUAGAAUUUCUUGGUCGUAAGCGUGAAUGCCAGUUGCGAUUGAUAGAACCAGAACCGGGUGCAAUAUUUGAAUUACCAGCAAAUGAUAAAAUUACAAUACGUUUUGAAGUUGUAUCCAAAGUGUAUGGAGAAAAUCAAGAAUAUUUUGUUAUAAAAUUUGAAAAAUUUCGUAUAAAACGUUCGGUAACGAUAAUUGUAUGUGAAACAGAAGCUGAAGCGGAGGCUGUACAAAAUGCCAUAGAUUUACAAAAGGAGAAUGAGCAGAAUUCAAAUAUACCAGGGGCAGGAGGAAGGAAUGCGGCGCAUCGGUCACGCUACUAUGCUAAUCAGGUCUGGUCCAAACGCAGUGAAGUUAUACCCGGUGUUGGCAUCGCCACAAAACGUCGUUUUAUUGCCCAACGUAUUGGCUAUUUUGAGGUACCCGAACGACUGUGCAAAGCCUAUUUAACCUCAGAUAAGAAACAAGAUAUGCUCGAUAAUAUUGAACAAAUGUUUCCCAGCAUUAAACAGGAACUGUGUAUGGCCAAUUAUGUGACACGUUUCCAGACCCUUAUCUAUUUGGAAGAAAUUGAAUAUUUUGUAAAUUUCCGUAAUUAUGAUCGUGAACGUGCCCAUUUUACCCGAGAAGGUGAAUAUUUAUCUUUGCAAAUUGAAAAUUUAGCUGAACGCAGACCUUCAUUGGUUAUCGGAGAUGUGGUGCGAGCCAUUAACCCUUGGAGUGAUCGUGAUGGUGAUAAACGUAAUUAUGAUGGUGUCAUACAUAAGGUGCUCUUCAAUAGGGUGCUGUUGAAAUUCAAUGCCGGCUUCCAGGAGAAAUACAAUGGCGAGGACUAUCGUUUGGAAUUCUUUUUCUCCCGAUUCGGUUUCCGUAAACAACAUUUUGCCAUCCAAAAAGUGGUAAGGCAUUUGGGUGAACAAUUUCUAUUUCCAUCAAGAGUUCAUCUGCGUGAACAACCCCAGUUGGAUGUGCAAUUGGAUAAGGAUUAUAAUUUGCAAUUGAAUGGCAAUAAAUAUCGGUGGUAUAAUCCCAUUUUGAAUCCCAUACAAAAGGUGGCCGUGUCUAAGAUUUUACGAGGCGAGGCACAAAAUAUGCCGUAUGUUAUAUUUGGUCCACCGGGGACAGGGAAAACCAUGACAUUAGUAGAGACGAUAUUGCAAUUGGUUAAGCUAUUACCCAGUUCACGUUUAUUGGUCGGAACACCAUCUAACAGUUCGGCAGAUUUAAUUACCACACGCCUGAUAGAAAGUGGUGAUCUGCAGGCGGGAGAUUUUAUUCGUCUUGUGUCACAAAAUCAAAUUGAAAGGGAACUAAUACCCAGUCAUUUACAACCCUAUUGUGCCACCAUAGAUGUGGCCGCAGAUGGCACCUGUAACGACUCCAUGAUUGUUACCGAAUCGGGCCUGAAAUUAAAAUGUCAAAUGAAAUAUUUGGGUAGACAUCGUGUUACAAUUGGUACUUGCUCCACUCUGGGGAAUUUUCUACAAAUGGAUUUCCCUCCCGGCCACUUUACCCAUGUCCUAAUCGAUGAGUCGGGCCAGUGUACCGAAUCAGAAGUUAUGGUUGCCAUAACCCAAGUCUCAAAAACGCGUGGUCAAGUUAUACUUGCUGGUGAUCCACAUCAAUUGCAGGCAAUUGUUAUAAAUCGUUAUGCGGGUGAGCGGGGUUUCGCCACCUCGUUCCUAGAACGUAUACUGACACGUUCGCCUUAUCUGCGUGACAUUAUACGUUAUCCCGAUUCAUGUGGAUUUGAUCCACGUUUAGUUACCAAAUUGCUGUACAAUUAUCGUGCUCUGCCGUCUAUUCUGAAUGUUUACAAUGAAUUGUUCUAUGAUUCGGAAUUAAUGCCCAUGAUAAAGGAUGAUUCACGUGAAGCCCAAAUGAUACAAAAUAUAAGUGAUCUAUUGCCGGACUCUCAAACGCGUCCACCAACACAUGGUGCAUUCUUUUAUGGUAUGCUCAGUGAAAAUAUGCAGGAAAAGGAUUCACCAUCAUGGUACAAUCCGCAUGAAGCUAAAAAUGUUUUCCUAAUGACUUUACAGUUGUAUCGGAAAAAUAUAAAACCAGAAAAUAUUGGCAUCAUAACACCCUACAUGAAACAAGUAAAACAUUUAAGGAAUAUCUUUACCACCGCUGAUAUUGCCAUGCCAAAAAUUGGUUCCGUAGAAGAAUUUCAGGGACAGGAACGUGAUAUAAUACUCAUAUCAACGGUGCGCUCAACCAAAAAACACUUACCAAACGAUAUACGCCACUCAUUGGGUUUUGUGCAGUGUGCCAAACGUAUGAAUGUGGCCAUAUCACGGGCCCGUUAUUUACUCUAUAUUUUCGGUAAUCCUCAUCUUUUGGUUUUGGAUCCCUGCUGGCGUUCAUACAUUAAAUACUGCGUUGAAAAUGAUGCAUAUUUGGGUUGUGAUUUACCAGCGGGUCUAUAUGAAACAUCGGACGAAUUGACGGCUAAUGGAGUGAAUGAAUGA